AUCCCAAUAAUAGCUAUUGGUGCUGCUUACGGAACUGCAAAAGCUGGAAUUGGAAUCGCGGGUGCUGGAACUUUUAGACCUGAACUUAAUAUGAAGGUAAUUUUUAUUUAUUCAUCACUUCUACCUGUGGUUAUGAUUGGUACUAUUGCUGUUUAUAGACUUGUUAUAUCUGUUUUAAUAUGUGGACCAAUGGACCCAAAUAAACAAUAUUCAUUAUUUACUGGCUUUAUUCACCUUGGUUCAGGUUUUACAGUAGACCUUGCAGGUUUAGGCACCUCCAAAUAA